GGACAACAAGGAAAAAGUGACAUCCCACCUCCACCCUGCCAUUUUGUAAAACAUCCGUGUGUGUGUGUGUAUGUGUGUGUAUGUGUGUGUGAGUCAUAUCACACUUUACUCUCCCUCCGUGUUUUCUGUGCUCGCCUACCAGCUGACUGCAGCCUCUGUGCGGACUCACUAACUCUGGAGGGCGUGUUCACUGCGUUUACUCUGCACACAGACCUCGACACACUCACAUACACACACUCACACACACUCACACACACACCGCACUCCCAACAACUUUUCCCGAAACUUUUCUCCGAUGGAAGUGGCGGAAGCUCUCAAGUAAGGUUUAGGUGUCACGCUGUAAAAACUGUGGUGCACUUCCAUGAUAUCCUGUUUGCCAAACUCCUAACCCGAGGAGGAUUGCUUUGCGCAUGCCUUAAUUACACAGAGGGAUGGAGGGGGAGCUGACUGACUCUUCACUUGACUUGAGCCACCUGACAGACGAUGAGCAGUCCACCAUCCUGCAGGUCUUACAGCGUGACUUGGAGUUGCGUCUUCGCGAUGAAGGACGUGUAAGGGUCCUCGAGGAGACAGAGAAAGACAAAGCACGUUUUCGUUUUCUGUCUGGAGAAUGGUUCAGUGAGGAGCGCAGCAAACGCCAUCGCAACCGGUCGUCGGCCUAUGCGCUCGUCCACGCCACCAUACGUCACAGGAAGACCAAGAGCAGAGAUGUGCCCCUGGCUGGACUGUUCAACGGAGAGAGAGAGGAAACCUCGCUCAACAACAACACCUCUCCCGAGGCGGAGACGAGAUUGAAAGACGGCAACGCAGAGGAGAGUGGAGGGAGUCUAGCAAGUUUGAAACCUGCACUCACAUCCAGAACAAAAAGUCCCGCAACACAGAGUCUCGUGGUCAGAAAUAGUUCCUCAUCAUCCAAAGAGUGUGACAGGAGAAGUAAUGGCCACUCCGAGGAACUUGAGGAAGAAUUCGACGGUCACAACGGGGACACUGACUCUCUGAGCAGCAGUCUGACAGAGCCGGAUCCAGCUUCUGUGAUAACCAGCAGCUCCAAUGGCAGCCUUCAUUCGGGCUACACGCUCAGUGGAAGCAUGAUGAGUCUGUUCAGCUCAGGGGAUUUUGGAGUGGUGGAGGUGAAGGGCCGUAUCCAGUUCUCAUUGGCUUACGACACCCAGAAGGAGGAGCUGCACAUCAAAGUGUAUCGCUGCGAGGACAUUGCUCCGGCACGCAAGAAUCGCUCUGAUCCAUACGUCAAAACCUAUCUCCUGCCGGACAAGUCGAGUCACAGUAAGAAGAAAACUGCAGUGAAGAAGAAGACGCUAAACCCGGUCUAUGAUCAGACACUCCGAUAUAAAGUGCGGGUUGGAGAGCUGCGCAGCCGGACCUUGAACCUGUCUGUGUGGCAUGCCGAACCCCUGGGCAGAAAUGUGUUCCUCGGGGAGGUGGAAGUGUCUCUGAGCGUCUGGGACUGGACCUACACUCAGCCUCUGUGGCAGGACCUGCAGCCACGGGUUCAUUUGAAUCCAGACUCCAUCAGCAGUCGUGGGACCAUCUUGCUCUCUAUUAAGUUCAUCCCAGAUGGAUACGAGGGUGAUGGACUGCCUCUGACAGGAGAGCUUCACAUCUGGCUACGGGAAGCUCAAGGUCUCCUGGCCAACAAAGGGGGCGCUAUAGACUCCUUUGUCAGAAGCUACAUACUCCCAGACGCCAGUCGUCAGAGUGGUCAGAAGACGCGGGUGGUGAAGCGCUCCAUCAGCCCGACCUACAACCAUACCAUGGUGUACGAUGGCUUCCACACCAGCGACCUGAGAGAGGCCUGCGCUGAGCUGACUGUGUGGCAGCGUGAAGGGUUAAAGCAGCGCAUCCUAGGAGGGGUUCGUCUGAGCUGUGGAACUGGUCUGAGUUAUGGGGAGCCUGUCAGCUGGAUGGACUCCACAGAGGAUGAGGUCGCUGUGUGGACCUCCAUGAUCAAAAACCCAAACAACUGGAUCGACGCAACACUAUCAAUCAGAACUAACCUCACACAACGGAACGAUUGACUGAGACACGGCUUGCACGCAAACACAUGUUCAAAUAAUUGUCUGGAGUGAAAGGAAACCCUCAGCACAUUUAACCUCUCUGUCCACAGUUUUUCAUACAUACAGACACAUAAGUCAGUAGUGGUGCAAUAUCGUGAAUUAAUGGUGUAGAUCAGAAAUAUUUAGUCUGAAACCAAAUCUAUCUGCAUUUCAUGUUUUACUUGUAUGUUUUUGGUUCAGUCUGUGUCCUAUCUGACAAAAUUGUUGUAAUCUAUUGUAGUUUAUUAAUUAAAUAUCAAACCUGAACUGAU